GCAAAGCCCGGUGCCUGCAGGGAUGCCGAGGACCCGCCGCUGUGGUGCUGGUGCCGAGCAGCCGAUGACCGACCAUCCCUGACACGAGAUACAGGCAUGGGACCUCCAAAACCUCAUGGACAUCGCUGGUUUAUGCUGUAUGGACUCAGCACGUUACCCACCCAUGGCGCUCGCCCUUUAUUCGGAAGAAACGCUGAAAUACGCCAUUAGUAACGAGGUCCCCCCGGUUAUCUCCAUCGCGGGGGCAAAGGGGGAAGAUGGCGGCGGCUGCUGCUCCCCUCAGCGGCGGCGGGAAGCAGGGCGGGGGGGGGCAGCGAGGAGGGCGUCGGCUGGUACCCGCCCCUCGCGCGCCCUCCGCCCUCCCUCACGCGGCGCCGCCAUUUUGCAAGCGGACAACUGGAGGCGCUGGGCUCCGCCGUUGCCUCUGCCUGUGUCCCCCCCCCCCUUUCCCCUCCCCUCCGGCCGGGGCUGCCUUCUCUCCCGGGGCCGGGGGGCCGGAGCCGGCAGGUAAGGCCUUCAGCAAGGGGGCACACCCGCCCGCCCGCUCAGCCCACUUCAGCCGGCUGUGUGAGCGGCAGGACGUCCUCCUUCCUUAGCGCUCUGUCUCCCCCAUCCCUCAACGGCAGGGUUGAGCCGUCUGAGGAACGGCGGCUUCGUCGCCCUCCCCUCCGGGGCUGUAUGGGCAGGGAGGAACCUGCCCCGGGCUGCGGGGUGCUGCCUGCAGGUGAAAGGAGCGGUGUGCCCAGGCCUCUCCCAUGAGGAGGGGAGGGAUCUUCAGGUACCCCGGGGUCUGUGUAACUGUUCUGGAGCUGAAGGACUUGUAGGGAGGUGUGGGGUGGAGGGGUCAACCCUCUGUGUUUAGCCCAGGGAGGCAGGUUAGUGUGGAAGGUCCUUCUGGGAUCUCUCUGUGGGGAGAUGGGUGAGAGGGUUCUGUUCUUCCAGGCCGUGGGCAUCAAUUCCUUAGUACCAUGGUUAUUCCUGCCUCUGUUGCUUUCUGUGUGGGCAUCCUCAGUGUAAACCCGGUGAUGUGUACCCAGUAAUUGUUAUCAUCACGGUCUGUCUGUGUUAACUCUGUGCAGCCCAAAGGGAAGGGCAGGAGUCUGUGGGCUUCAGCCUACUCUGUGAUGUAUGUGUGCUCCUGCACCUGAUGGAGGCUUGAAAGCUUUGUCCACCUCAAGCUGAGAGCCCUGGUCCCAUGUACCCUUGUGGAGUCAUGUUCUUACACACCUAAUAAAGUUCUGUGAGCUUCCUUUUGUCCCAACAUCUGUUUCAGGGUUGAUCCAUCAAUAUUAACUCUAUAAAUGCAGCUUCCCUCCCUCCAUGUGCACUAUUGCCCACUUGUUGCUGCUGAAAUACAUCUACAAGGCAGCCCUUGGCCUAUGGUUAUGUGAAGAGCUCUGUUCAGUGUUGCUUGAGAGAUAUUAGUACCAAAGAAUGACAAGAACUGCUUCACCAAGUGGCUGCAUUGUGCAAGAGGUCAUUAUUUACAGCUACCAGCUAUAUUGAACUCUUCCUUACAUUUCAUCCUUCUUUUCUUCUAGAAGCGGAAAAACAACUUAGGUUUGAUGUUUUGUGUGCCAUCAACUGAAAUUGGGGCCAUCAUGAAUGUAACCAAGGGUGGACUGGUGCUGUUUUCAGCUAAUUCUAAUUCGUCAUGCAUGGAACUGUCCAAGAGGAUUGCUGAGCGCUUAGGAGUUGAGAUGGGGAAGGUUCAGGUUUAUCAAGAGCCAAACAGAGAAACAAGAGUGCAGAUCCAGGAGUCUGUGAGAGGAAAGGAUGUAUUCAUCAUCCAGACAGUUUCAAAGGAUGUGAAUACUACGAUCAUGGAACUCCUAAUCAUGGUGUAUGCUUGUAAAACCUCCUGUGCCAAAAGCAUUAUUGGAGUGAUUCCUUACUUCCCGUACAGCAAACAGUGCAAGAUGAGGAAAAGGGGCUCCAUUGUCUCUAAGUUACUGGCCUCCAUGAUGUGCAAAGCUGGACUAACUCACCUUAUUACCAUGGAUCUACACCAGAAGGAAAUACAGGGCUUCUUCAAUAUUCCAGUUGAUAAUCUGAGAGCAUCUCCAUUUUUACUGCAGUACAUCCAGGAAGAGAUACCAGACUACAGGAAUGCUGUAAUUGUGGCCAAAUCACCUGCGUCUGCAAAGAGGGCCCAGUCCUUUGCUGAGCGCUUACGGUUGGGAAUUGCAGUGAUUCACGGGGAGGCUCAGGAUGCAGAGUCUGACAUGGUGGAUGGUCGCCACUCGCCACCUACAGCCAAAAAUGUAGCUGCUAUUCAUCCCAGUCUGGAGAUACCCAUGCUGAUUCCUAAGGAAAAACCACCCAUCACAGUUGUUGGAGAUGUAGGAGGAAGAAUAGCUAUCAUCGUGGAUGACAUCAUAGAUGACGUUGACAGCUUCCUGGCUGCAGCUGAGACCCUCAAGGAGCGGGGGGCUUACAAGAUCUUUGUAAUGGCUACGCAUGGCCUCUUAUCUUCAGAUGCUCCCAGGCUCAUAGAGGAAUCUGCAAUCGAUGAGGUGGUUGUUACAAACACAAUCCCACAUGAAAUACAGAAACUCCAGUGCCCUAAAAUCAAGACUGUGGAUAUCAGCAUGAUCCUCUCGGAAGCCAUUCGCAGGAUCCAUAACGGGGAGUCCAUGUCUUACCUCUUCAGAAAUAUAGGACUGGAUGAUUAAUGCAUCUUCCUCUAAAGAAGUAGAAUAAACCCCAAACUGGGCCAAACUGGAAGCAGAUACCGAGCUGUGAAGUGUCAUACUUACCUUAAUAUUUCUAUUGAGCCACUUCUUGUUUUCUCUUGGUUUUAAGUAUCAAGGUAGAACAGUUUUUAAGAACAUUUUUCUUUGGAGGGUUUUGUUUUUUGGGGAGGGUAGGGAGGUGGGAGGGGAAGAAACAUUUUCAGAGAACCUGUUAGUUGCUUUUAGGUUAGUUGCACUACAUACAUGAUGGAAAACAACCCCCAAAAACACUUGAGGUAAGAAUUUGGCUUCUAAAUUAAGCAUUCCUCUCCCAAAGCUGCUUGCUACAAGUGCUUUAAAAGAUAAUAAAAUGAAGUGACUGUAUAAUACUUGCGUUUUAAAAGCCAAAAAGGUUGUACUGUUGUUGGCAGUUGAGUGAUUUUGUAGGAGUGCUUUUAUAGAAAAGCAGAUUAAAUAUGCACCUGUAUUUAUUUUCUGCCACAAAGAAUAAAGACUUGUUUUUGUGUGAGCUUUCUAAAAA